GAGAGUGGCACUCCCUGAGCUUGGACCCUGAACUUUGUCAUAAAGAGGAAGAGAUUAUUUUCACAUUAACACACACAGUUGUGUGCAACACAGAAUACGCAUUUCCAUAUCAAGACUACUGAGCAGGGUUUCAUAUAAACUGUCAAAAUGGCAAAUAAAGGUCCAUCCUAUGGUCUGAGUCGCGAGGUACAAAGUAAGAUUGACAAGAAGUACGAUCCAGAGCUGGAGGAGCGGCUGGUGCAGUGGAUAAUCUCUCAGUGUGGGGAUUCUAUAGGAAACCCUGAACCUGGAAAACAAGGCUUUCAGCAGUGGCUUAAGGAUGGAUGUGUUUUAUGUGAGCUAAUUAACAGUCUCAAUAAGGAUUCAAAGCCUGUGAAAAAGAUCCAAAGUUCUGGAAUGGCUUUUAAACAGAUGGAGCAAAUCUCUCAGUUCCUUGUUGCUGCUGAACGCUAUGGAAUCACCAAGUCUGACGCGUUUCAAACCGUUGACCUGUGGGAGGGUAAGGACCUUGCCGCUGUGCAAAUGAUGCUGAUGUCUUUGGGGAGUCUGGCUGUUACCAAGAGUGAUGGCUGUUACCGCGGUGACCCCAGUUGGUUUCACAAGAAAUCCCAGGAGAACAAGAGAGAGUUCUCUGAGGAUCAGCUGAAAGAGGGUCAGAGUGUAAUCGGCCUACAGAUGGGCACUAACAAAGGGGCAUCACAAGCAGGCAUGACUGGUUACGGUCAAACUCGACAGAUCUUCAACAACAAAUAAAGACCUGUCGACCAGUGAUCUAUCUUUCUUGGCUCAACAGCAGGGUGGACCAGAUGUGUAGUCUUAAAACAAUAACAAUGAACAGAUCACAGCUUAAACCAAAGUUUACAAAUGCAUUGUAUCAUUUGAACCUAAAACUGAUCUAGGUCCUUGCUUCAGAGACCAACCAUUCCCCACACAUGAGCUGGUAUCCAAUACAUUCCAUAAGAAUCAAGUCUGCCUUAAAUUCUAUUAGGGUGCAGACAGACAUACAUUCCAUUAUUCUACUACAUGCAUUCCAAAGAAAUGCAUUCUGCUGCACUCCAUGGGAACAAAAUGCAUGUAAGGAGAAUUCGGCCUUGCACAGUCAGUUGUUUGUCUUGUCUUUCUGUGGAUCUGAUUUGUAUCCACUUCUCUACAUUCGCUCCCUGAUCUAAAAAUCAACAUGAAUCUAGGACCUUUAAUUGAUAUGUUUAUACAUUGUACAUGAGUCACUAAUAAUUGAUUUUGCUAAUAAAAUUCAGUUACAUUUUGAA